AUGCGGUACCUACUCGCAUUAAUAGGAGGCUUCCUGUGUUUAGCAAAUGAUGUCAUUGCAAAUGGUUUUGUGGAAGAAGUGUCCUGUAGCUCGGCAUCACUUACGAUAGUGCUAAAUCAGUCUGACCCGGAUCUGGCGAAAUGGAUUAUGGAGCCGAACGCUCGACCAAUCGUCUAUGUUCUCGAUCACGAUAACAUUCGAGAAUGUGGCUCAAUGAUAAAAGCCAACGGUAGCCUCAAUCUUCAUCUCCAAAUCCCUUACGGCCCCGAGUGCAACGUCAACCUCGUCAAUUUGGAACCCAACCACAUUUCGGCCGAAACAACGAUCGUCAUCGAGGAUUUUAGCUCCAGGAAUUCUCAAAAAAUCAACCACGUAUAUUGUCUCUACACGAAAACUGUAGCCACCCUAAAGUUUAAUGAUGUCUCGAGUGGCCAUACCCAAGUCGAAUCCACCGGAAGCCGACCCAAGCCCAAGGUCGAGAUGCUUUUUCGAGGCCAAGGAGGAAACCCUUUGAGAGCUGCAAAACUUGGGGACAUCGUCGAGUUUUACGUAGCGUUAAGUCCGGAUGGCGCCUACCGAGGAAUUGCUCCACGUGAAUGUCGAUUCGCUGAUCGGGAAGAUACCGAAUCCCCUGAUGCUAAGCACUUCACAUUUGUGAAUGAUGGAUGUCCCGUCGAAGGAACAAACGAGCUAAUCGAUCCACUCCAAAAUGUCAAUCAAGAAGUGUACUUCUCGAAGUUCAAAACUUUCCGAUUUGGCAAUCAAUCGACCGUAUUUGCGCAUUGUACAGUUCAAGUCUGCUUGGAAGCCUCGGAAUGUUUAAUGCCGUGCUUCACAAAGGUGAUGAACUCGAGUUUGACGGCUGAAAGGCUACGCUACCGCCACAAGCGAAGCGCUACGACAAAUGAGUAUGAUAAAUUCGGAGAGCUUCACCUCAAAAAUCAGAUCACAAUUUUGGAUGGCCAACAGGCUCGUCAAGUGACCGCUCUCAACCAAAAAGCAGCUGAAGAGGAAGAAGCCGAAUGCCAAAUGUCUCCCUACUCGGCCAACACGACGAUGUUGACGGUGAUUGCUGUGUUGAGUGUCAUCUGUGUCGCGCUCACCACCGUCAUCCUCGUCAUUUGGAUGAGGAAACGGAGGGCUGACAAGGAUUCCUUCGAUCUCUACACGGCAUCAAGUUAUGCCAGUACGACACUUUGUCCAGCACCAAGCUCAUACCCCACUGCGUAUCCCGUCGACUCCUACACACUACGCUCUCACCCGCGACCCUACGUGCAUCACCUCGGCCGCGGCGAGGGGACAUUUCGA